AUGAAGGAAUAUCUCAUAAACUGCACAGUACAGAGAGACUUUCACCUCCUGGCGUUCUCCAUCUCUGAGGACCUUCAGCUUCUGCUCUUCACUGGGAUCCUGGUAAUGUACUUACUGACAGUGCUGGGGAACCUGAUUAUCACUGGUCUUAUAUAUGUGACCCCACAGCUCCACACUCCUAUGUACUAUUUCCUGUGUAACCUCUCAGUGCUGGACAUCGUCUACGUCUCCAGCGUUCUUCCAAAAUUCCUCUCUAUCUUGGUAAUGGGUGAUGCCAGAAUUGUCUUCCCAGCAUGCAUCACACAGAUGUUCUUCUUUACAUUUUGUGUUGGGGCAGAGUUUUUACUGCUAGCGUCUAUGGCCUAUGACCGCUAUGUCGCCAUCUGUGUUCCUCUACGUUACACAAUUAUUUUGACUAAACUAUUGUGUAUUACACUAUUUUCUAUCUCCUGGAUGGUUGGCUUUUUUAAUGCUUUAACACAUGCUGUGCUGGUUUCUACUUUAUCCUUCUGCAAUUCCCAAGACAUUAGUCAUUUCUACUGUGAUCUGAAAACCAUGAUUGCUCUCUCUAGUUGUGAUAUCACAGACAUUCAGAUGCUGGUAUCUGUGGAAUGUGUAUUUCUGGGACUUACGCCCUUUGUGCUGAUAUUAACCUCUUAUUCAAGUAUAAUUGCUACUAUCAUAAAGAUCCGUAGCUCGGCGGGUAGAGUAAAGGCUUUCUCCAGCUGCUCGUCCCAUCUCACCAUUGUAAUAUUAUUCUAUGGGACAUCGCUCGUCUCCUACAUGGUCCCAGAGUCGCAGCACUCUCCUGAACAAGACAAAUUUCUCUCCUUGCUGUACACAGCGGUGGUCCCGAUGUUAAACCCUCUAGUUUAUACUCUGAGAAACAAACAGGUCCUGAGAUCCUUAGACAAUAUUUUGAAAAGGCAGGAGAACAUGAAAGCUAGGCAUUAA